AUGUCAUUGACGUUACUUUCAAACCAUAGCGUCAGCUCUAGAUCAUUUUAUCGAUAUAGCAGUCGAUUAACAAAGAGAGCUACAGCGUCGUGUCGUACCACUAAUAUCUCAGAAGGAAAUCAACUUAACUGGCUGCCCUCCACCAAUACGGUUACUCUACAAAACAUACGCUUCCCUCGAUCGGUCGGUAACCUAAGAAACUUUACCACAACCAGAGCAUUAAGGAUGGCAUCCGAUGACGAUUACAUGGCCUUCCUAAACAAGGCGAACAAAAACCCGAGCGAAGGAUACACAAACACGCAGAGCGCAAACAAGCAAGACUUCAAAACGACCGAUGAGGGAGCGCAAAUCCCCACCGUGAUCCACGAAGCAACGAAGGAUAGUUUCUACGUUAGCGAUGCAGACGAGCCGUUCGUACCCGUCUAUCUAGCAUGGAACGAGAGCGGCAAAGGUUUACCAGACGAAGAGGAAUUCGCAUCGUUGAUACACCAUCCAGACCCGUCAAAUGCGCAGAUUGAAAUUCAAGAUCCCGCGGACUGGGACACGCAGGGUCAGUAUAAGUCGAUCCUAGAUGCGGUGCGCAAAGCAGGCAAGGGAAACGACGUCAGAGUGUAUCGAGUCUCGAAAGGAGGCGUCAAAGUCGAAUAUUGGGUCGUCACGACGGAGGGUAACGGGCCAAGCGCGAAGCUUGUUGGCGUUAAGGCGCUGGCGAUUGAGAGUUGA